GGGUGAUAAUUAAUGUUUCAUUUUUGCUGUACAAAUGUUAUUUUGAUGUUUUAGUCUUUAUCUUAACUAAUAUACAUAGAAUCGAGUGAACUAUGUCGUCGGAUCGAGAGAGUGACAGCUCUCAGUCUAGUUCAGACGAGUCAGAAGAGGACAUUCUCAGUCAAAUCCUGCCAGGAAGAUCAUCAACGAGAGGACACUCAAAGAAAUCAUCGAGGAAGAAUAGGAAACAUACUGAUGUUAUUGAAGAAAUUGAAACAUGUAAUAGACCUGUGUUACCACAAGAAACAAAAAACGCUCAUUCCAAGGGGAGUAAUGAGUGUAAACAAGACCCCUUAGAUAAACCUAAAAAUAUUGGACCAGCUUUACCACCAGGGUUUCAGAAAUCAGAAAGUAUCGGACCAGCACUCCCUCCAGGAUUUGAAAAAUCAGACAGUAUUGAACAUACACUCCCUACUGGGUUUAAAAGUUUAGAAAAUGUUGGACCUGCUCUCCCACCAGGGUUUGAAAAAACACAUAACAUCGGACCCGCUUUCCCACCAGGGUUUGAAAACAAAAAAAAUAUUGGACCUUCUCUUCCACCUGGUUUUGAAAAGACACAAAAUGUUGGACCCGCUCUUCCACCAGGGUUCGAAACAUCUCAUUCUGAUAGUGACAGUUCUUCAAAUGCAUCGGAACAUAAUGUGACAUCACAGCCUCAAUCUGACUCUGAAGAUGAUGCAGGAGAUAUGAUUGGUCCAUUACCUGGCACAUCUACAGGGACAACGGAAAUGUCUGCUGCAGAGGAGUUUGAAAAGCGAGCAAGGAAAAUGAAAGAUAAACUCCUCGGCAAGGAAGCUCCAGAGAUUGAAGAGUCUGCAUCAAGAGAAACUUGGAUGACAGAGCUCCCAGAUGGUAUGUCGAAAGAUUUUGGACUAGGACCACGGACAUUCCGAUCCAAAGCACCUGCCGAGCAAGAUUCCUCCUGGACUGACACACCAUCUAGUAAAAAUAAAGAGAAACAGGAGAAGGGCUCUAAGAAGAGGUCUGCAGAGAAAGUUCCGAGAUCGGAGAAAGAGAUUGAAAUAGAGAAGGCCAUAGAGAAAUAUAACAAGAAACAGAGGAAAGAAUCCCUGAUGGACAUGCACACCAAGAAACUUAAAAAGAAACAUAAAAAGGACAAAGACAAACCAAAGGAGCGGAGAGCAUUUAGCCGCGAAGAUGAUCUCAAAGUAAACAAAUUUGACGAUGCACAAAAGAAAUCAAUCCUCAAGAAAGCUGCGCUACUUGACACACGAUUUUCACAUGGCAAUAAAAAGUUUAUUUGAUGCUCCGAUGAGUGACAGAGCCAGUUAAAACAGGCAAUGACAAUGCACAAUGACACCAUUUCAGAACUCGAUAGGCAAUUUGCGACCACCUGACUGAGAUAAUCUGAAGAUUUUUGGAAAGUUCAAUAAUAUACUCAGUUUUAUGCAUAUAUUUUAUCAAUUAUUAGAAGAGAUACUUAUGUAAUAAGUUGAGUCUUACCUCAUUGAAUCUUACUUAGAAUAACAAUGAAAUGAAAUAUACACAUGGAAAAAUCCAAUAUUUCAACAAAAAGACCAAAACGUAAAUCCUAUAUGGCAUAUGAUAUAUUAUUGAUGUUUGACCA